AUGUGGCGGCGGUUGGGGCGGAGGGCGACGCUGCGCCCGCUCGGGGCCCUCACAGGUUCCGCGCUGACCCAGCCCCUCGCCGGCAUGAAGACUUUCCUCCCCGUGCCAACUUAUGAGGACGUCUCCAUUCCGGAUAAACCUAAGCUGAGGUUUGUCGAAAGGAUGCCGCUUGUCCCAAAGACCCGCCGGGAACCCAGGAACUUGAGCGAUAUCAGAGGGCCGUCAACCGAAGCCACUGAGUUUACCGAGGGCAACUUCGGCAUUCUGGCCCUGGGCGGCGGAUACCUUCGCUGGGGCCAUUUUGAAAUGAUGCGCCUCACCAUCAACCGGUCCCUGGACCCCAAGAACAUGUUCGCCGUAUGGCGGGUGCCGGCCCCGUACAAACCCAUCACCCGCAAGGGGGUGGGGCAGCGCAUGGGAGGGGGCAAAGGGGCCAUCGAUCACUACGUGUCCGCCGUGAAGGCCGGCCGCCUCAUCGUGGAGGUGGGCGGGCGCUGCGAGUUCGGCGAGGUGGAAUGGUUUCUCAGCAAGGUGGCCCACAAGCUGCCUUUCCGGGCCAAGGCCGUGAGCCGCGAGAGCCUGGCGGCCAUGCGGAAGAGGCACGAGGAGCGGAGGCUGAACAACCAGAACCCCUGGACCUUCGAGCGGAUCAUUACCUCCAAUAUGCUGGGGAUGCGUAAAGUGCUCAGCCCUUACGACCUGACUCAUAAGGGGCAGUACUGGGGCUGUUUCUACAUGCCCGAACGAGUCUAACGGCCAGGGAGGGGACUGGGGGGUCGGAGAGCUGCCUCCGCCGGGGAAGAGUCCGACUCUUCCUCGCCGCCCACCCUUUCCCUUCGAGGAGGGAAUCGCCUGGGCCCCAGCUUGAGCGCAGCUGCAGAGCCACAGCAGCGAAAGAAGCUCUGGGACAGAAGGGAAGUUAGGGAAUGUCGGCCACCGCUUUCCCGAUGAAUAAAGUGGCUCCGCCAAUUGUCAGCUGUG